AUAGGUUCUCAUGAGCGUCCUGUGCAGCUAAGAGGAUUUAAAGAUCCGAUUAUGUCUUCUUUGCUCAUUUGUGUGAUACCAUGUUGGUGUAACGUUUCUACAGAAAAACCUCGCAGCCUCCUUUUACAGGCCGUAAAUUUGGAGGAAAUAAAGCGAGAAAGUCGGAAAACAUGAGCAGCGGAGCGGGCAUCGACUACAGCGCCUGGGACCACAUCUACGUAUCUGACGAUGAAGAUACCACCAGUCCCUUCGUUGACACGCCGAGCUUGUUCAGAAUGAGACACCGGGCCCGGCUGGAGAAAAUGGCUGGGUUUCAGCAAAGAGGUGAAGAUCUGGAAAAUAAUUACUCAGAAUGCCAGAGGCUACUAGAGGAAGCCCAGGGACGACUGAAAGACCUGGAGAAAAGGGUAAAGGAUGGAGAGGAGGAUGAGGACAGAGAAAGUGAGCUAAAGAAAGUCCAGGCUGAGGUGAAGAAACUAAAGAAGGAUGAAAAGUCAUUUAGGAAAUUGUUAGAGAAACACAGACGAGAAGAAAAGAAACUACCCUGGAAUGUUGAUACAAUCAGCAAAGAAGGUUUCAGCAAGAGUGUUGUCAACAUCAAGCCUGUGACAAAGGAGGAAACACAGAAAGAAAAGGUGGAGAAGCACAAGACCUUUGUGGAGAAGUACAAACAAGAGAUUAAACACUUUGGCAUGUUGAGGCGUUGGGAUGACAGUCAGAAGUAUCUCUCAGACAAUCCACAUCUGGUGUGUGAGGAGACGGCUAAUUGCCUCAUUGUCAUCUGUAUCGACUUUGAGAUAGAUGAGAAACACGCCCUCAUGGAACAAGUUGCCCAUCAAGCCAUCGUCAUGCAAUUCAUCUUGGAUUUGGGUCAGACUCUAAGUGUUGACCCAAGAGGCUGCUUUAGACAAUUCUUCUCAAAGAUCAAGACUGCAGAUAAGCCAUACAGAGAUGCAUUUGACCAUGAACUGGAGACGCUGAAGGAUCGGGUCCGUAAAUGUGCACAGAUCCAAAUGGAGAGCGCUAUGAAGGAGCUGGAGGAGGAAGAGAAGCAGAAGAGACUGGGCCCAGGUGGUUUAGAUCCUGUGGAGGUCUAUAAAUCACUGCCAAAGGAAAUACAGAGAAGCUUUGAUGAGAAGAACAUGCAGAUGUUGCAGGAAGCUAUGGACAAGCUGGACCCUGAGGAAGGAAGAUACCACCUAAAGAGGUGUAUUGACUCUGGAUUGUGGGUCCCUGAUUCAGGAGAGGGUGAUGAUGAAGAAGAGGAAGAUUAAAAAUGAUCCUCUGCCCAAUCAUUUAAAGAUGAAUUUUUAUGUUGUGUAAUUUGCUUGUGGCUUUGUUAGUUUGUGGGUAUUUGACAACUCUUCUUAUGUUUCAUGUCCCACAGUUUAUAAGUGACGCAUCAUUCAUGAACACAAUAUGCCGCUAUAAAUAAUGUUUGUCAAACUAUCAAUCUACUUAAAUAAUGUUUAACCUAUUCAGUUAAAAGUGUAGAUGUAUAGCAUAUUUUUCUGUAAAUGUUAAUAUUAGCGCAUGAAUUAGACAGAGAUCAGAAAGUUCUCUCAUUUUUUCUGCAACCAAGUAAACAAAAUGAGAUAUUUGUCUGUAUUAAUAUUGUAGAUGAUUACUUGCAUAUUUAUGGUUAUUAAUAACCUUUACAAAAGCCGCAAUUGGUAAUGUUUUACACAGGGUAUAUUUCCACCACGUCCUGCCUCAGCUCAUGAAUAAAGUGGAUGAGCAAUGGUCUUAGAUUUUUUUUUUACAGCCCUUAUUAAUUAAACAUGGAGAAAAGUAAUCAUACAAAUGCCACUGAAAUGCAAAAUGUUCAGAUUGCCAUUGAAAUAUCACUGGCCAGUAGUUGUGUUCAGUUAAAUCUGGCGUUCAAAUGGGAUAAAUGGCGCCACCUUGAGGCUGUGCAGAGGUAGACAGUUCAAUCUGAAGCCUGUGAAGUCAAAGGGUCUGAGUUCUUCUACUUUAUUUUGCAGUCAUUGUUGGACUGCCAAAUAAUAUUAAUAUACGUCAUUGCACCUGUCCACAUAUACGUGUUUUUGUUUGUUUUUUGGUAUUUUGUUUUGUAUUUUUGGUAUAAAUUUCGAGAGUGCUCUGUAGGGACUGUCCAUUGGACAACAUGACAAAACAAAUAUACAAGAAUGUGGGCUAUUAUAAUGUAUUAAUUACAGGAUCUUUUUAGAAAAAUAUAUUUUUAUUGAUUUAGAAAAAAUUCACAGAAGAGUAAAGGCACCUGCAGAAACAUAACAAACUCGUGAAAAAACUAACAAAUAAUACAUAUACCAUACGUCCACACAUACAUAUACACUCAAUGAAACUAUGGGAACAAUGUGCAGAAACUACAGAUGUUUAAGAAAACACCUCCUUCACUUUCACUGAAACCUCAGGCCUCACAUAAUUUAGGUAAGGUUUCCAGAUUUUAAAAAAGAAGUCUGUCUUUUAGAACAGGACAGUGUAGUUUCUUAUAUUGAGAUGCUAUGGCUCUUCUUGGAAGUCCCAAAAUAAAAAAAAAUUGAGGGUCCAUUUCCAACUUGACUCUAAACAUGGUCCCCGUUUCCAGUAAGACAUCAGACCAAUCUUUUGCAACUUGUAGCAUGACCAAAACAGUAUGUAAGAGUACCUACUUCCAUUUAUUACAGGAUUUUAACAUGUUUUUAUAAUGACAAAAAAGUUUAUGUGAGAUCUAUUAUGUUUGGAGAGAGAGGCCUUUCCAUGAUAGAAACAACAGCCAUAAACAAGUAAUAAUUUUCUUUUUUAAUAGUUCAGUUUUCCCACUUUCUCAGCUUGCUUCAGCAUUUUUUUUUUAAAGAAAGAAACGUGAGAUUGUUUAGACGGAGUGACUAUAAACAGAUUAAAAUCUGUGCAAAUAUUCUCGUUAGGUUUUUGUUACCCUUGUGGA